CGAUUUUCUGUCCACCCAACCAAAAAGCCAAUUGUAAUCCAGAAUACUAUUUGGAAGUUUCUACAGAAAAGAAAAGUGAAUAAUAAAAAUGUCGAUUCCGGCAUGCCCCUCAUUAAACCACCGUCCUCUCCCUUCGUUAUCUCUUCAACACCGUUUCCGGUAGCCGGAUCCGUCACCGUGCACCGUUAUCGUGACAACCUCUUCAUCUCCUAGCUAAUUUUCUUCGUUUCGUAUAAUGAAGGUAAUGUCAUGGAAUCGUGCGUUACUUUUUAGCUCAAUAUUGUUUUAUGUUUGCAUACAACAGCAAUUCUGGGCAGGAAGUAGCAUCAGUAAGAAUAAAGCCAUGGUGGAGCAGUUGCAGCGUUACGGAAUCAUUCAGUCAAAGAAAGUAGCUGAAGCUAUGGAGAGUGUCGACAGGGCAUUGUUUGCACCCGAUGGAUCCCUAGCCUAUGAAGACAGUCCCAUGCCGAUAGGUUUUAAUGCCACCAUUUCUGCACCUCAUAUGCAUGCUACUUGCCUUCAGUUGUUGGAGAAUAAUUUACAGCCUGGGAUGCAUGCUUUAGAUGUCGGUUCAGGAACCGGGUACUUGACCGCAUGUUUUGCACAUUUGGUUGGCCCGCAGGGUCGUGCAAUUGGCGUUGACCAUAUUCCAGAGCUGGUUGAAAUGUCAAUCAAGAAUGUUGAAAAAAGUGCAGCUGGUCCGUUACUCAAAGACGGGUCUCUCGCUUUGCAUGUUGGUGACGGCAGAGAAGGGUGGCCAGAGUUUGCACCUUAUGAUGCUAUUCAUGUCGGUGCAGCAGCACCAGAAAUCCCGAAACCACUUAUUGAUCAAUUAAAACCAGGGGGGAGGUUGGUGAUUCCAGUUGGGAACACAUUUCAGGAAUUGAAAGUCGUUGAUAAGAAUGAGGAUGGUUCUGUGAAAGUGUGUACCGAGACUUCAGUACGUUAUGUUCCCCUCACUAGUAGGGAAGCCCAGCUGCGUGGCUACUGAUAGGCGAUAGCACAGUCAGGUCCGUCGAUGAUAAUGUUUACGUUUCAGACUUUCAUUAAACUUAUGCUACUUUUCUGCACAUAAACUUUUGAGACAUUGUAAAUUAGGUGUUUGUUUGUAUUGCUUCGGGUUGACGAGUUUA